AGCUGUUGCUGCGACUGACAGAUGGGCCCAACAGCUGUGCUGGCAAUGUUGAAAUCUUCUAUUUUGGAGCCUGGAUGAAAGUGUGCGGUCACCUGUGGGACAUGCGAGAUGCCCAAGUUGUGUGCAAGCAGCUUGGCUGUGGCCAGCCUCUUGGUGUGACAGGAUAUUUCCCUUCGAAUGGCUGGUCUUUGUACGUGAUGACCGCAAUGCGUUGCCAGGGCUCUGAAGACUACUUGUGGGCUUGUCCCUAUGAGCACUCCUCUUCGUGUUAUGACCGAGAUGCUUCUGUCAUAUGCUCAGACUCUGGACUAACAGCGCCUCCGCCAACAGGUAGCCUCAGCUCAACUGCCUCGAUGCCACCGACCUCAGAAUGGACAAGUACACCUUCGCUGACAACAACUGAAACCACUACUGAAACAACCACUACAGCUCCCCCAACAACAACUACUGAGCCCACCACCUAUCUCGUCAUAGCUGAUGCAAAUUAUUCUUGUGGUGGCUUGCUUUCAUAUUCAUCUGGGACAUUACAGAGUCCAUUUUACCCUGGAAAUUAUCCAAACAAUGCUGACUGUGUUUGGGAAAUACAAGUAACAAACAAUUUUCGCAUCACACUCACAUUUAGAGAUGUUCAGAUGCAAGGUGGUAGAUGCCUGUCUGACUAUGUGGAAAUCUAUGAUGGGCCGCUCCGUACUUCUCCUCUCCUUGGGAAAAUCUGUUCUGGGUUUCUUCGCACAUACACUUCUUCCUCAAAUCUGAUGACAGUCCACUUUCACAGUAACUCUCGAUACACAUACAGAGGGUUUCAGGCUGACUACUAUUCCAUUCCAGCAGAUCAGAGCACUACACUUUUGUGUUUGCCAGACUACAUGCGUGCAGUUGUGAGCAGAGCCUUUCUUCAGUCAGAGGGCUACUCGGCUUCGAAUCUCUCCUUGAGUGACUCAUAUUGCAAACCCAACAUGACCCCUCAAUAUGUUAUAUUCGACAUACCAUACGAUAGCUGCGGCACAGUGAGAAAGGGGAACAACAAUACAAUAAUCUAUUCCAACCUUAUUAGAGGAUCCUCUUCUGGUUCUGUAAUCACAAGACAUAAAAGGCUCCACUUGCAUGUCAACUGCAAAAUGCUCCAGAACACAUGGACACAAAUAAUGUAUGUUGCUGAGGAUAAUUUUGAAGUCAAUGAAACUCAGUAUAGCAGAUACGAUGUGAACCUUACAUUUUAUCACACAGCAUCUUUCUCACGGCCAGUGUAUGACUCGCCAUACUAUGUUGAUAUCAACCAGAAUUUGUUCCUUGAAGCUUACCUGCGCAGCUCUGAUUCAAAUCUAGUGUUAUUUGUGGACACAUGUGUGGCAUCUCCUGACCCCUAUGAUUUUACAACAGUGACCUAUGAUAUAAUCAGGAACGGAUGUCCUAAAGAUUCUACCUAUACUAAAUAUUACUCACCAUACACGCACGUGGUCCGGUUUAAAUUCAGUGCCUUCCAGUUUGUUCGUAACUAUCCAUCUGUUUAUCUGCGGUGUGAGUUUGUGGUGUGCAGGGUCUAUGACUAUUCUUCCAGAUGCUACCAAGGUUGUAUUACUAGGUCCAAGAGAGAGGCAAGCUCUGCCCAAGAAAGAGUGAGUGCUGUUGCUGGCCCAAUUCGGCUUCAGGAAGCUGGUGCUGAGAAUAGGAAUGCUGAGCUGGACUCUUCUGGCAUCGGGGAGAACCUGAAUUCAGCUCCUGCUCCAGCUGAUAUUUCUCAUGCACCAUUUAUUAUUGCUGUUGUGGCCCUGGCAGUUGCUGGCUUUACUCUUGCUGUGUUUCUUUUGAAACAUAAACUGAAGAAACCAAUUCCAUACCAGAUAAUGAACGGGUGCGAGGGCCGCAUCGAGAUCUCCUCCAACGGGAGCCGCGGCACCGUCUGUGACGAUGACUGGGACCUGACCGAUGCCCAGGUCGUGUGCAGGCAGCUGGGCUGUGGCAGUGCCGUCUCUGCGCCCGGCAGUGCCUACUUUGGCCAAGGCAGCGGCAACAUUUACCUGGACAACGUGCAGUGCACGGGCAGCGAGGCCUCCCUCUUCCAGUGCCGGAGCGCCGGCUGGGGCGUCCACAACUGUAACCACGGGGAAGAUGCCGGUGUUGUGUGCUCAGGCCCAAACAAGGACUUCAAGCUGGUGAACGGGUGCGAGGGCCGCAUCGAGAUCUCCUCCAACGGGAGCCGCGGCACCGUCUGUGACGAUGACUGGGACCUGACCGAUGCCCAGGUCGUGUGCAGGCAGCUGGGCUGUGGCAGUGCCGUCUCUGCGCCCGGCAGUGCCUACUUUGGCCAAGGCAGCGGCAACAUUUACCUGGACAACGUGCAGUGCACGGGCAGCGAGGCCUCCCUCUUCCAGUGCCGGAGCGCCGGCUGGGGCGUCCACAACUGUAACCACGGGGAAGAUGCCGGUGUUGUGUGCUCAGGGACCAGUCUCAGACUAGUGAAUGGAAGGCACAGCUGUGAAGGCCGAAUUGAGAUUUAUUACAAGGGACACUGGGGGACAGUUUGUGAUGAUAUCUGGGACCUUCCUCAUGCCCAGGUUGUGUGCAGGCAGCUGGGAUGUGGCCAGGCCAUUUCAGCACUAGGAAGUGCUUACUUUGGCCAAGGCUCAGGAAAAAUUCUCCUGGACGAUGUGCAGUGCAGAGGAUAUGAAUCCUCCCUGUGGCUUUGUAAUCACCGUGGAUGGAAGAAACACAACUGUGGCCACCAGGAAGAUGCUGGUGUUGUCUGUUCAGAACUGCUGCUGCGGCUGGUGAACGGGCAGAACAGGUGUCAGGGCCGCGUCGAAGUGCAUCACGACGGAGCCUGGGGGACCAUCUGCGAUGACUCCUGGGACACGGCCGACGCCGACGUGGUGUGCGGCCAGCUCGGAUGUGGCAGAGCCGCCGCAGCGCCGGGGGAAGCUCAUUUCGGCCACGGCACGGGGGAAAUCCUCCUGGACGAGGUGCAGUGCCGCGGGAACGAAGCCUCCCUCUGGCAGUGCUCCCACAACGGCUGGGCCGUCAACGACUGUCUGCAUCAGGAGGACGCCGGUGUCAUCUGCACGGGUAACUGCCCAUUGUCCCUGAGACUGGUGAACGGCCAGAACCGGUGCGAGGGCCGCGUCGAAGUCUACUACCAGGGCAGCUGGGGAACCGUCUGCGACGACUCCUGGGACCUGACGGACGCCCAGGUCGUCUGCAGCCAGUUGGGCUGCGGCAGGGCUGUUUCCGCCCCUGGAAAUGCCAAUUUUAGCCAAGGCUCAGGAAAUAUCCUGCUUGACGAUGUGCACUGCAAAGGGAACGAGGCUCACCUCUGGGAGUGCCCCAGCAGAGGGUGGUCUGUGCAUAACUGCGUGCACGUGGAAGAUGCCAGCGCCAUUUGCUCAGGUGUUCCAAGAGAAUUACUGGUGAGGUUGGUGAAUGGAUGGAACCAAUGUGAAGGGCGUGUUGAAGUAUUUUACAAAGGAGUCUGGGGAACUGUUUGUGAUGAUUCCUGGGAUAUAAGUGAUGCAGAAGUUGUCUGUUGUCAGCUGGCUUGUGGACAUGCUGUAUCAUCUUCAGGAAAUGUCACCUUUACUCACAGCCCAAGAAAUAUUGUCAUGGAUGAUGUGCAGUGCAGAGGGAAUGAGAACUACCUGUGGGAAUGUUCUCACAGGGGGUGGUAUAGACAGAGCUGUGACAGCCGGCGAGAUGCCAGCGUCGUUUGCUCAGGUACACUCUGA